AUGGCCAUGAGAGCCUCUCCAGGAGCAGGGACCCAUCUCUCUCCUCAUGAAAUAAUGACUGGAAGAGUCAUGCCUGGUCCACCAAGGGAGGGAGGUCAUAUGCCCGCCCUUGAUGUACAGCAAAUUGUAAUGUCUGACUAUGUGAGAAAACUGACGGAACUCUCUGCAGCUCUCUCCAAACAGAUUCACAAGUUCCAAGAGGGGGAGCUGACCGGAGUCCCAGAUCCACUGAAGGUAAAGGUUGGUGACUGGGUGAGGGUGAAAGUCCACAAGAGAAAGUGGCUGGAACCCAGGUGGACUGGACCGUACGAAGUGAAGGAGGUUACUUCACACUCAGUCCAGGUCAAAGACCAUACCGUUUCUAGGCGUGAGGUGUGGGUCACUAAGUGCACCCCCCAGGAGUUGAAGAGCACCACCUUGUGUUUGCCUUUCAAUGCCACCACCACCGCUUACCUGCCUUGGAGCCUUUUGGGUCAUGCGCGAAAUAGCCUGGGGCUACCUGCCUGGACCUAUUCCAGUUUUAACUGGUAUAUAACCAAAGGGGGAUAUGGUGAGUGGUCUUGGAAAAACUUGGUGGCGGAAACAGGUUAUGACUGGUCCAGCUAUUCCAAGGGACGGGUUGUCCUUGCCUGCCGAAAACGGCUUACACUUUCACGCACUGGUUUUCAACUAAAGCUGAUUGUACGACCUGGGACCACUAUGGGUAGUCAGGUUUUUACGUUGGCCCCAUAUGUAGAUACCAGCAGGGCUGAAGUCCAUUUCACACUAUAUAUCUGCUUUACGCCACAACCACAGCCUACUUCUGUGACGGUGCGUGACGAUAUGGCAAAGCCACAUACCCUACCCCGGGACAAGGAUGGGUGGGGUUCUGCUGUUUUAGUGGCCACUACCCCUACCCCGGAUGAGAACAUUCAGGUUGCUACAGGUGUCUCAGGUUUUUCUAACAAUUGGUUAUUAUUGACCGAACAAGCAGCCAAUACAACCCCCACUAGUUGCGUAGUUUGCAUGAGCGCCAGACCAUUGCUCCGCAUUGUCCCGGCCACUGUCGAGAUCGGAUGUUUAAUGCCCCUUAUGGACAAAGACAAUCCGACUGGUAAUUUCCCUUGUGGGAUGCAGUUUACCCUGUUGUCUCCGCUACGGUCAGGGCACCAGUAUUUUCCUCUGAUGUUGCCAGGGCCGAAUUCUCCUGUAUUAACUUGACAGGGGGUUUACUACAGUUAGGGUUACUCCCUGAGGGUUGGUGUACAAAUACUAUCGUAUUAGUUGGUGGUUUUAAGCCAGUGGUCAGGGCUGACAUCUGGUGGUGGUGUGGUGGAACUCGGGUUUUUGACAGAAUUCCCAGUGAUGCUACGGGUACUUGUGGGCUUGUAACACUUCUGCUGCCUAUCUCUGUUUACCCUAUAGGUGUGGGUGAUUUGGUGACCCGGAUACAGGCUGUGGACCCACAGUUUCUGCCUACCAGAACCAAGCGGGCAGCAGCCCUGACUGUCGGGGAUCCCACGUAUAUUGAUGCCAUAGGUGUUCCUAGGGGGGUCCCUGAUGAGUACAAGCUGGUGGACCAGGUCGCAGCAGGUUUUGAAUAAUCUCUCUGCUGGUGGUGCACUGUUAAUAAAAAUGUUGACCGCAUUAACUAUAUACAUUUCAAUGUCCAAAAAUUAGGUAACUGGACUCAACAAGGUUUUGAGGCCGUACAUGGUCAACUGGCUACCACCUCCCUUAUGGCUUUUCAAAAUCGCAUUGCCGUUGAUAUGUUGCUGGCUGAGAAGGGUGGGGUAUGUUUUAUGU